AUGUCACAGGAUAUUCCAAAAGAGCAAUGGGCGCAGGUUAUCCAUAAAACAGGAGGACCUGUCGAGUACAAGAAGAUUCCUGUUCAAAAGCCAGGACCAGAUGAGGUUCUGAUCAAUAUUAAAUACUCGGGUGUGUGCCAUACUGAUCUCCACGCUGUUAAUGGAGACUGGCCUUUAGCGACAAAACUCCCCUUAGUCGGUGGGCACGAGGGGGCUGGGGUUGUUGUAGCGAAAGGGGAUCUAGUGACAGAUAUCGAGAUUGGUGACUAUGGAGGAGUCAAGUGGAUUAAUGGAUCUUGCCUCCAAUGCAGUUUCUGUCAGCAAGCUGACGAGCCACUAUGUUCUCAAGCUCUUCUUUCCGGGUAUACAGUCGAUGGGACAUUCCAACAGUACUGUAUUGCAAAGGCAGCUCACAUGGCUCGUAUCCCAAAGGAGUGUGAUCUAGAGGCCAUCGCUCCAGUCCUUUGUGCCGGUAUCACUGUCUAUAAAGGUCUUAAAGAAUCGGGAGUUCGACCUGGCCAGAGCGUCGCCAUCGUCGGUGCAGGAGGUGGUCUUGGAAGUUUAGCAUGUCAGUAUGCUAAGGCUAUGGGCCUUGAUAUCAUUGCCAUUGAUGGUGGGGACGAGAAGAGAGAUAUGACCAAGAAGCUCGGUGCACAGCAUUUUGUGGAUUUCACCAAGAGCAAGAACAUCGUCAACGACGUAAAGGCUGCUACUGAAGAUGGACUUGGACCACAUGCAGUCAUUCUAGUUGCUGUGAACGAGAAGCCCUUCCAGCAAGCUGCUGAGUACGUACGACCACGCGGUACAGUCGUCGCCAUUGGUCUCCCAGCAGGUGCUUACCUCAGAGCUCCUGUAUUCGAAUCAGUUAUCAAGAUGAUUACCAUCAAGGGCUCAUACGUCGGAAACCGAAAGGAUUCUGCUGAGGCCAUCGAGUUCUUCAGACGUGGUCUGAUCAAGGCUCCAUACAAGACCUGUGGACUAUCAGAGCUCCAGAAGGUUUACGAUUUAAUGCACGAGGGCAAGAUCGCUGGACGAUAUGUUGUUGACACCUCAAAAUAA